AUGCGCGAGCAGGAUUUCGGUAACUUCCAAAGUGCGCCAGAAGAGACCGCUAAGAUCUGGGAACAGAGAGCACAUUACGGCCACUUUUUCUACAGAAUUCCACAUGGCGAGAGUGCCGCAGAUGUGUACGAUCGUGUUACUUCUUUCAACGAAUCUUUGUACCGGAAGUUUGAGCACGAAGAUUUUCCUAAUGUACUUGUGUUGGUGACCCACGGGAUAUGGGCGCGUGUGUUCUUGAUGAAAUGGUUCCGAUGGAGUUAUGAGGAGUUCGAAUCACUUAGAAACAUUCCCCAUUGUCAAUACUUGGUCAUGAAGCGCAACACAGAUGGUAGAUAUCUCCUCAAAACACCAUUGAGGAAAUGGGAUGAUCUUCCGGAGCUGGACGUAGAGGAAGAGGUGGACAAGGAGUUCCGCCAAGAGGUGAAAUUUAAUAGCAAAACGAAAGUCAAUCCAGAGGACUUGGAUAUCGAUAGCAUAUUGCGCGCGCAGAAGGAAGCGAUCAAGGAGAACAGGAAGAAGGAUAGAGAGUUGAAGCAGGUGUAUCUUCAGUCAAUGAACAAGUACUUGGAAUGCCAUCAGUCGCCCAGUCUCUCCAGCGUUGAUGAUUUUUCGGUGCUAACUACUGGUAACAGCUGA